AUGAGGAUGCAGCUCUUCUGGCCCCAGUCCAUGGAACUGCUUUUGGGAACCACUGGCCUACAGGCGGAGGUGAAGCAGGCGGUGGACGAGAUGUUUCCCGAGGGUGCCGGGCCCUACAUGGAUCUGGACGAGGCAGGAGGCAGCACAGGGCUCCUGAUGGACUUGGCAGCCAAUGAAAAGGCAGUUCAUGCAGACUUUUUUAAUGAUUCUGAAAAUCUCUUUGAUGAUGAUGAUAUCCAGUGAGGUGUGUCCGGCGGUGUGU